CGGAUGGAUGGAAACAUACUGACGAGUGUUUGUCGAUGUUGACCUGAUGUCUGAACCCUGAGGUGGCGAUGGUGCCCGAGCCCCCCCACCCCUUCCCCACCGUGGACGUGCCCGACCACGCCCACUACACCAUCGGCUCCGUCAUCCUCGCCAUCGGCAUCACCGGCAUGGUCGGCAACUUCCUGGUCAUCUACGCCUUCAGCAGGAGUCGCAGCCUGCGGACGCCGGCCAACAUGUUCAUCAUUAACUUGGCCAUCACAGACCUGCUGAUGUGUGUCACCCAGACGCCCAUCUUCUUCACCACCAGCAUGCACAAGAGGUGGAUCUUUGGAGAGAAAGGUUGUGAGCUGUACGCGUUCUGCGGCGCUCUCUUUGGGAUCUGCUCCAUGAUCACGCUGAUGGUGAUCGCCAUCGACCGGUACUUCGUCAUCACUCGGCCUCUGACGUCCAUCGGGAUGUUGUCAUGGAAACGGGCCCUCCUCAUCCUCAUGGCGGCCUGGGUCUACUCUCUGGGCUGGAGCCUGCCGCCGUUCUUCGGCUGGAGUGCGUACGUCCCUGAGGGUCUGCUGACGUCCUGUACGUGGGACUACAUGACCUUCACCCCGUCGGUGCGAGCGUACACCAUGCUGCUCUUCAUCUUCGUCUUCUUCCUGCCGCUCUUCAUCAUCAUCUACUGCUACGUCUUCAUCUUCCGCGCCAUCCGCAACACCAACCAGGCUGUGGGGAAGAUUAACGGCAGCACUCACAGUCACGGCAGCAGUCGAGACUCGGUGAAGAGUUUCCACCGGCUGCAGAACGAGUGGAAGAUGGCGAAGAUCGCUCUGAUCAUCAUCCUGCUCUACGUCAUCUCCUGGUCGCCAUACUCCAGCGUCGCCCUCACCGCUUUCGCCGGGUACGCCGACAUGUUGACUCCCUACAUGAACUCUGUGCCCGCCGUCAUCGCCAAGGCCUCGGCCAUCCACAACCCCAUCAUCUACGCCAUCACACACCCAAAGUACAGGGUGGCGCUGGCCAAGUACAUCCCGUGUCUGGGCAUCCUGCUGUGUGUUCAUCCUCGUGACCUCCGCUCGGCCAGCAGCAGCUUCGUGUCGACGCGUCGCUCCACUGUGACCAGCCAGACCUCUGACAUCAGCAGCCAGUUCAGACGGCAGAGCACCAACAAGUCCCGCCUCUCCUCCGCCUCCGACAGCGAAUCGGGUUUGACCGACACCGAGGCUGAUCUGUCCAGUAUGAGCUCCAGACCCGCCAGCCGCCAGGUGUCCUGUGACAUCAGCAGAGACACCGCAGAGUUCCCCGACUUCAAACCUUCCUCCAGCUUCAAGUCCAAGAUGAAGAGUCACGACUCGGGCAUCUUCGAAAAGACGUCCUACGACACUGAUAUCUCCAUGGCAGGAGUCAGUGAACGCAACAGCAUCCCAAAUAGCGCUGAUAUCGCAGACGGACACGUGAUGAGAGGCACGAUUGGUCGGAUCCCGAGCAUCGUCAUCACCUCCGAGACCAGCCCUUUCCUUCCCAUUGGCCGAAACGGCUCACGCUCCGCCCGCACCAAGUCAGCCAACAGCAACACGGGGGCGGGGUCUGGGUAGAGCCCCGCCCUCCCCAGCAGCUCAUCACCUGACCAGCUCACGUCCAAUCAGAAACCUAGAAAUCAAACUCACAGACGAGGUUUACCUGAAGCUCAGCAUGCAGACAGAAACAAAGAGGUUUAGAGAAGUUAUCUCACUCGCUCCUUUCGUUUUAUUUUUAACUCAUUUUUAGAGAAAAAAACGAGCUCUUUACAAACCAAACUGGACAUUUGUGCAAUAUCACUUAAAGAGCAACUUAAUACUCUGUUUUAGCUCGAACGCAUCACCUUCACAUAGUAAAGAAAUGCAUUUACAAUCCAGUUCAGACCAAAAAAACAAAAAAAAAGCCAAGCAGAGCGUCUUAUGGUUUCAUAGCUGUGAUUCAAGUUUCUUAAACAGAAAUUUAAAGACAAAAAAGGAAAUAGUCAAAAAUGUCAGAUAUAAACUUUAAAGUAGACGUGAUUUUUAUUCUUUUCUAUUAAAAAAAUGAAACUAUAAUAAUUCAAAAAUGAAAAAAAAACAGACGCUUUUUCCAUUUUCUUCUCCGUGUCCAUCACAGUUUUACACUUCAGUUCUGUCUGCUGGCGGUGAAACAGGUUUCACGUCAAAUUACGUCUCUAAAUGUUUUAUAUGUAACGUCAGUUCUUCACCAGAAACAGUGAGCGCCUGGGAAAAUAAAACCAAACUCACAGCACUGAUUAUUCCUGUUUUUAAAUGUCAUGACAAGGGGAAUGUGGCCCAGAUCGGAGUCAAAAUUAAUGUUUACUUGUUUGCUUUUUUUUUUUUUCUGUCUAGAGCAAAGGUUUUCAAACUGUGAUAUAUAACUGCAGAAGCUGCCUGAGAAUCAUCACAUUUGUUAAGUUUUCUUCAGUAUCAAAGUGAUCCAGUGAUAGUUAACCGCUGCAAACAAAAAAAUGAAAACAAAUGUGGUCUAAAAAAAAAAAAGGAAGGACUCAAACUUCAGCCCACAAAUACCAAACUGAGACGGAGGAAGGUGCAGUUGUUUCAAAUUUGUCUGACCAAUGAUGACGGCAAAUAACCAAAUGAUUUCUGUUGUAAACAAAACUGGGACCACUGAGGGUAAAUUAUAUGUACACUCAUAUAUUAUAAACUCUAGAAAGUGUUUUCAGUGUUAAGUUGCCCUUUAAUAAUGCUGUGAUUGAUUGGAUUUUGGUAUUUUACCUUUAAAUCCUUACUUCUAGUAUUUUUUUAAUAUGAAAGACCUUGUACACCUGCACAGGUAGUUAUUCUGAGUGAGCAGAUCUCUGUGUAAAGAUACAUUACAGUACAAAGUCUUUGAAAAUAACCAGACACCUGUGUGUGUGUGUGUGUGUGUGUGUGUGUGUGUGUGUGUGUGUGUAUAAUCCCUUUAACAUUAAAUCAGAAGACUGUAAUAUGAGUCUUUUAUAGUAGUGAAGCCAAACAAGUACGUUUAAGUUUUUACCCAAAGAAAACAGUUUUCCUGCUCCUGACUCCUCGUCCCUGACUCAGAUCGUUUCAAACAGGUUUUUAAAAGUGUUGUAUUUGUCUCUUCAGGUGAGUUCCUAUGAGCCCUUUGUCAGAAAUUUAUUUACUGUUUCAGGAAAAAGUAAAGUAUUAACAUGAGAUGACUGUCGGUGUUGAGAUGGACUUUAAUUUUCUUGCCGCACUAUGUGAUUUUUCUACAAACUGUGUGGUUUUCUGUUUGUGUUCUUGUCGUCUGUUGCUUUUGAUUUGUUUAUUUUGUGUUUUUCCGGCUCAGUCCUGUGCAGAGUGACGUGACAGGUGGAAAGUUUUUCUGCUUAUGUGUGUAAACUAAAGGACUGAGAUGCCAUAUAAACCUCACAAAAAAAAAACACAGUAUAGGUCUCAAACGACCUGUAGUUACGUUUACACCAUCUAGUGGUCGUAGUAAUUAUGACCCGCAGUUUAGAUGACGUCAGUAUAAGGUGACAUGAUGAGAUGAUUUUGCCUUGUUAAGAGGAGGCGGGUUGGGUUGAUAGAUGGUUAGUUAGAGUUCAUGACUAUCAUGUUUCCAACUACGAUUCAAGACAUUUUUUAAAAAAACAUUGUGGUGUUUACUUUUGCCUUGAUGACGAAGGUUGUAACUUUAGGGAAGAUAAACCAUUUUUCAAGUGACCCAAACUGUGAUCUUUCCCUAAACGUAACCAGACCUUAACCACAACAUCAUUACUGUUUAACAUUGAUGUUAAGUGAAAGCAGCGUAUUACGGUCCUGCGGGUCGUUCCAGAGGUCGUUCUUACUACGGCCACUAGAUGGCGUAAACGUAACUAUUGGUUGUUUUUUGCCAGCUGAAUUUUCAACCUAUAUUGUUGUUUAUUAUGAGGAUUUGUUGUGUAAUUACUCAUUUAAUUUGAAAACCAAAGGCCUUUUGAUUGACCGAUCGUUAAACCCGUCCCUCGCAUAGUGAUUGUCCAAUUAUAGCUUAGCAACUGUAACUAAGCAAGCAAGAGUGAUGCUCAGUUUAUAAAGAGCUUGGAUGGUGGUUUCUUGUUUUUUAUCCUCUUCAGAACUAAAACAAAAGUGUAAAAAGUGGGUUAAACUAUGUGUUUAUGUGCUCGACUGUCAGCUUUACACCACCAUUAUAUCCAGGACGUUUCACUCUAACGUUACUUAUUUUGUAGGGUUACAGGUUAAAAAAAAAAAGCACCAAUCACAACUAGUGCACCCACUGUGUAUAUUUCCCCACAGUGUCAAAGCUGUUCAUACAGUGUAGCUUCACAUUAGCAACAUCAAACACAUCACUUUGUCCUCAUUUUAAACAUCUUUGAUGGAGUUUUCUGUAGCCUGCGUAGAAAAAGAGACAAGCUUGUUAAUCAACCUGCUGCCUCCAUAAAGUUUUGACAAAUUGUGAUUCUA